ACUUCAACAAAAUUGCUCGACUUAUCGAUCGCUGUUUUCUGGCAGAUGGGAAGCGUCUACUAGCGUCGCGGCGCUUGCAACAGGCUGUUCAUAUCAACAGGCGUCAGUUGUCCGGUGACUUUCACUAGUACAGGCGUCGUAUCGUGUAUAUUAAGCGUCUCGACGUAAUCCACGUAUUCUUUCAAUCAAAAUUUAAAAAAAACCAACACCAAGUAAACAACAAAAUCAAUUUUGUAUUACAUAGACUUAAAACAAUAAGUGAAUGCUAUUUUGCAGGUUAUCUAUUUAUUAUAACACAACACAAAAAAUUCUUCAGCCUGUAAUAAUAAACUCAAGUGUAUGUUACAAACAGAGAAACCAAAAGAAAAGAAAAACAAUACAACAAUGGUUGAUUGUGGACCCUCAGAAUCAAACAGCAAGUUUGUUUGUCCCAAUGACAGACAGCUAGCACUUAGAGCUAAGUUGAAAACAGGAUGGAGUAUGAAAACAGCUUCUUUUCGUUACCCCUCAUCAACAUCAAAAUCUCAAACGCUCGGGCAAGAAGAACAGAACACAAUUCUACAAGUCAUACAAAGAGCUGAACGGUUAGAUCUGACAGAGCAAGAAAGGGUUGGUAGACUGGUGGAUAGGUUGGAAAACAUGAGAAGAAAUGCCUUGGGUAAAAGUUCGUCUCAAUGUUUACUCUGUGGGGAUGGGUUUGGUAUUAUGGGUUCCAACAAGGUUGUUUGUGUGGACUGUAGACGACUCGCGUGUCAAAAAUGCGCCAUAGAUCUGUCGCAAGGUAAAACUAACGGAACGCACAAGGACCAUUGGCUAUGCAUGAUUUGCUCGGAAACUCGAGAGAUAUGGAAAAAAUCGGGAGCAUGGUUCUUCAAAAGUCUUCCCAAAUAUAUUCUUCCCUCUGAGAAUGCAAGCUUUACCCGACACAGACCAACUAGACUUUCAAAGAACUCUAGAAACAUUAAGGAAGAAGAUAGCAGUUCAGAUGAGGAUAAAAGGGUUUGGAACAAAGUUAAAAGAACGAAGUCCAGUUCUGAGAGUACCCACGAUCGACCAGAUACUCUACAAUCGCAGCAGUCUGGCUAUCAUUUACCAUCGUACAGUAGACAGGUCAGUGCCGGUGACCAAACACUGAAGGAGGUCGAUCAGAUACGAGGUAACAUGGGCUCCAUGACAUUGAGUGAAGCCAGAUCAUGGGAUGACACAGGUAUAGAAGGAGAAAGCUCUGAAGCUUCAAGAAGAGAGUCUAUGGCCAGUAGGUCAGCAUCUGAAUGUUACUGGACAGAUACAGCCAGAAGCGAUGAAAAAGUAUCACCCAGUACUUGCAGCAUAUCCAGUAGCAUAUACAAGAACCCUAUGGAAGAGCACAGCAAAAUUGAGUCGGCCAUGGGCACAAUAGAAUUGUCACUGACAUAUGAUGCAAACAAAUCAACCUUGCUAUGUACAGUGUACAGGGCCAAAAAUCUUAUUCCCAUGGAUAUCUCCAGCCUAUCAGAUCCUUUCUGUAAACUGAACAUUCUUCCUAAUGCUAAGACCUGCACAAGAUUGCGGACAAAAACAGUACACAAAACUCGCAAUCCAGAGUUCAAUGAAAAUUUAACAUUCUAUGAUGUUUCUGAGGAAGAUCUCAUCAAAAAAUCACUUCAUAUUUUGGUGGUAGACGAUGAUAAGUAUGGACAUGAUUACAUGGGUGAAGUGAGAAUACAUCUUGCCAGAUUGAGGAUGCAAAACACAAUAUACUUGACUACACCUCUAGAAAACUUCAAAAUAGAACAAAAAGGGCCAGUACCGCUAGAACUGAACCAAUGGUUUGACGAUGAUUGGUCAAGAGGUCAAAUAUUAUUGUCUUUAUGUUAUAGCACGAAAAGAAGGGCUUUAUUGGUCACAAUAAUCAGGUGUGCCAAUCUACUUCCGAUGGACAAUAACGGUUAUUCAGACCCUUUUGUAAAAUUGUAA